UAUCGAUUGACAAAGUUUCCGUUCAGUCGUUCGCGGAACCUCGAUCGGUGCAGUGCUAGUUGAGAGGAAGUUCCCACCGCGAACUACUCGAAUAAAGUGAAACACAAUCAUAAGAACAAGCGGUGAUCCUUGGUGUGGUCUCGAGGAUUGAUAAAAGUUACGAUACCUGACGCUACCUUGGGAGAUAAACAGAUACCGACCGGAGCCUGCCACACCAAUCCUGGAUAGCUAGAAAUGACGGAGGAAAAGGUGAAAUCAAACCCUGAACCGGGAGUCCCUCAGUUUGUGGCCAGCGAUUUUAAUUCGUCAACAAAACUAGCAGACAACCAAAUCGACGAUGACGAAUACAACCCGUUCGAGCAUCGGCAGGUUGAGAAACCUAAUAGUACCAGCGGAUCUCUCAUCCACUUACUCAAAAGUUCCUUAGGUACCGGUAUUCUGGCCAUGCCGGUGGCGUUCAAGAAUGCUGGUCUCAUUUUUGGUGCCAUUGGAACCGUGAUAAUAGGUCUAAUCUGUACCCACUGUGUACACGUUCUGGUCAAAACCUCACACGAUGUGUGCAAAAGGACGCGGAUACCGGUGCUUGGCUUCGCGGAAACUGCCGAACGAGUCUUUCAGUACGGGCCCGUCAAACUGCGGCGGAUGGCCAACUUCUCCAAAAACUUCGUCGACUACGGUCUGAUGGCAACGUACUACAGUGCCGGAUGCGUGUACAUCGUCUUCAUCGGCAGCUCCCUCGAGAAGGUCAUCAACACGAUGGCCGACCUGGACUGGGACGUGCGUAUCUACAUUCUGUUCACGAUGAUCCCGGUCCUGGCGAUCGGUCAAAUCCGCGAGCUGAAGUUCCUCGUUCCGUUCUCGGCGCUGGCCAAUCUGUUCAUCGUGGUCACCUUCGGCAUUACGCUGUACUACAUCUUCAAGGAUCCACUGGUGUUCGACGAUAAGCCGGGCUUCGCCUCGUUCGCGACACUUCCACUGUUUUUCAGCACCGUCAUAUUCGCAAUGGAAGGAAUCGGAGUUGUGAUGCCCGUUGAAAACUCCAUGGCUAAGCCACAACAUUUCCUUGGCUGCCCGGGAGUUCUGAACACUGCUAUGGGAAUUGUAAUCACUCUCUACGCCGUCAUUGGUUUCUUCGGUUAUGUCCGCUACGGGUCACUGGCCGCAGGAAGUGUUACGCUGAAUUUACCCACCGAGGAUGUAUUGGCCAAGAUUGCGCAGCUGUUGAUUGCCGCCGCUAUUCUGCUAACCUUCGGUUUACAGUUCUACGUGCCCAUGGACAUUUUCUGGAGAAAAAUCCAUGACAAAAUUCCCAAGGACAAGCACAACAUCUCGCAGAUUGCAAUUCGUUCUGGAAUCAUGAUUCUGAUGGGUGGCCUGGCGCUGGCCGUUCCCAACUUGGAACCCUUCAUCGGUUUGGUAGGAGCGGUCUUCUUCUCCAGCCUGGGUUUGCUAGUACCAUGCGUCGUGGAAACCGUAUUUCUGUGGCCAAACGAGCUCGGAACGUUCAAAUGGGUGCUGGUGAAAAACGUCAUUUUCGGAGCGUUCGCACUUUUCGCUCUGGUUGCCGGUUCGUACGUAAGCAUCGAGGAGAUUGUCAAGCUGUACACGGAGAAUGGUCAUACGGAGUGAUCUCCGGCAACCCUGCAAGCCUUCCCAUGCCAUCUUACAUUAAGAUACCUCGCCAAAGGGACGCUUUUCAUUGGGGACAAAAAACAAGUUGUGUGAUUAUUUUUUCCAGCUGGAAGAGAAACAACUGAUUUCAUGAACAGUAUAUGCAAAACGCCCGGGGUGCCCAGGAAACGUUGAGCGCUUGUUAGACUUACGAUUGUACACUAUUUGGAACAAUGCAUGCAUACACUUGUUUAAAAUGAAAUACAAAGCAUUAAAUAUUUUA